CAAUGUCAACAGUCGUCAUUCGAUUAGAUCAACUCAAAGUUGACAACUAACGUAAAGAACGGAGUUAAACACAUCAAUAAGCAAAAUGCGCGCCUUUAUUGUAUUGUGUCUGGUUGCUGUGGUUUGCGCCGACAAAUUGGGUUACAACUACAGACCUGUUGAACACUCAAACUCUGGAUUAUCAUUUACUCCCGGUUCUGUGGGUGGUUCCUCAUCAUAUGGUGCUCCACAUACUUCUGGAUUUUCUUCAGGUGUAGGUGGCGGUUUAGCUGGUCCUGUAUCUUAUAAUGCACCUGUUAGCAACGGUGGUUACCAUACUGAAUUCUAUACAUUUACAGCCCCAGAAGGUGCUUUCGAUGAUCCAGAAGCAGCCCAAAAGAUUGCUGGUUCUUUGAAGAAGAAUAUUCGCGUUAUUUUCAUUAAGAACCCAGAAAACAAAGCAUACGAAAAUGCUGUACUUGCUUUGGCCAAACAAGCUGCCGAACAAAGGACUGCUAUCUAUGUGCUCAACAAACAGCAUGACAUCUCUGCUUUGGCCGAAAAAUUCAAUGCCAUAAACAACAACCAAAAUGCCAGACCCGAAGUACACUUUGUUAAAUAUCGCACUCCAGAGGAUGCUGUUAAUGCUCAAAGAGCUAUUCAAAGCCAAUACGAUUCGUUGGGUGGUACCACUCAAAAUUACAACGGAGGUGUUGCUCCUGUUCUUAACUUUGCUUCCCAAGCUCCUAUAAUUUCUCAUGGUUCAGUUCAAUCUCCCAACAGUGUGUACCUACCAUCAUCCGUAUUCCGUCGCUUCCGUGUUUAAGAGUGAAGUGCAAGGAAUUCGUAUUUUCAGUUGUGCUAAAGAUUAGUACUGUAUUAUGUGUUAAUUGUUUAAUAAACUAAUUGUUUAAUAAAAUUAUUUAUUUUAAAAGUAAAAAAA